UGAUUAUAAGAACAAAGCACCAACCUUAAUUUCCAAUUUACGUAGCCAAGUAUCCGACCAAUGAGACUAAAAUCCAGAAUAUACAAGAAGAUAUACACGUAUAAAGAAAAUAUAUGAUAAAUAUUCGGUGGUGUUCAUUAUUUCUACAUUCCUGAUUGGUUGUCAUGAAUCAGAGCACAACCAAUCAGAGAAAGUACUAACAAUAACUGUGAUAUUUUGAACGGCGUCAACUUCAGUUGCUCUGACGACAUACAAAUGAGCUGUACAGUAACGUAUCGGUGGCAAAAGAAUUUUAUAAAUGAGAAACAUCCUUGAACCAGAGCACAUCAAAUUAUAAUUCUUCCAGUAGCUUCCAAGUAAAUCAGAAUAUCUCAUUUACUAUCUGGAAAUAAUUUUCUAUAUAAAAACUUUAAACUUCCGUUUCGUAUAAAUUAGUGAAAUUUUGGACCACUUUCUUCGUGAUCGCGUGUGUUUAUGGCAGUUGCAACGAAUCAAUCACUUCUAUGUAUUUUGUUAUUUUCUCUUGUGCUAUUAUUUUCAAAGUCUGUGUUAAUGAUUUUGAACAACAGUGAAAUCAUGUCCUCGAAUUUAGUUUAACGAAGAAAAAAAUCAAAUUUUUUAAUUUCAAGAAUUUAUGAGAAUGGCACCAUCAAAAAUUUUAAAUGUGCAAAAUAAACAAAGUAGUACUAAUGUAAUAAGAAAAGGAAUAACUACAAGAAGUCAAAAUUCUGCAUUAAAUAAUGUUUUACUUAAAGCACCUGCAAAUAAAGAAUCUCGUGUGAAAAGGAAAGCAGAAGCAUCACCACCAAAGGAAAAAACAACAAAAAGAUCUGCAUUAGGAAAUAUUACCAAUGCAAUUGGAAAAACAUUGGGUACACAUCAAACACAAGAACCAAAGAAAGCAGUAAAAAAAACAACAGUUACUCAAAUAAAAUCCUUCACUCAGACAAGUUCUAUUAGAACGCUUGAAAAAGGUGUAAUUAAACCAGAGGUAAUACCUCAGAAACCAAAGCCAGUGCCUCGUGUAAAACCAAUAAAAAAGGACGAAGAAAAAACUGAAAUACCUAGUAAAAUUUUAAAUGUUAGACGUAGUUUAGAUUUAGAAAAGUCAGAGGACAGUUCUUUGUAUGUAAGUGCAUUAGAAGAAAUAACAGAUGAUAGUACAAAGAAGUCCAGAAGAAGUAAUAUUCAGCCUGAGGAACCUGAAAAAACAGAAGUAGGAAAUGAAUCAAAUGAGCCUCAAGUACCUGCAAAAACUCAAGAAAGGUCAGCAGCUCAAUUAGAUGCUGCUCCUGAGCAAAUAUUGCCAGAAGGAGUUCAGUGGGAUUUUGAUGCAGAAAAUUGGUUAGAUCCAUUUCAAGUCUCUCAUUAUGCCAUGGACAUUUUCAAUUACUUAAAAAGUAGAGAACAUUUAUUUCCUAUUGGAGAUUAUAUGGAAAGACAAGUAUGUCUUUCGCCAUGGAUGAGAGCCUUACUAGUUGAUUGGAUGGUAGAAGUUCAAGAAUCUUUUGAACUUAAUCAUGAAACUUUAUAUUUGGCUGUGAAAUUAGUUGAUCUAUAUUUGACAAAAGUAACUGUUGUAAAAGAAACAUUACAAUUAUUAGGUGCUGCAAGUCUUUUCAUAGCAAGUAAAUAUGAUGAAAGAAUUCCUCCAAUGGUGGAAGAUUUUUUGUAUAUAUGUGAUGGUGCUUAUAAGCAAAGAGCAUUAAUUAGAAUGGAAAUGAGUAUAUUAAAAGUAGUUGAUUUUGAUCUUGGCAUACCUCUCUCUUAUCGAUUUCUUAGACGAUAUGCUAGGUGUGCAAAAGUUUCAAUGCCAACAUUAACUUUAGCUCGAUAUAUUUUGGAGUAUUCAUUAAUGGAUUACUCGACGAUAAGGAUUAGUGAUAGUAAAAUAGCUGCAGCUGCACUUUUACUUGCAUUACGAAUGAAAGAUUUAGGAGGGUGGACUUCAACUCUAGAGUAUUAUAGUGGAUAUAAAGUUGAUGACAUACGAGAUAUCGUACAUCUUUUAAACCAAGGAUUACAUCGAAAAGAAACUCUUACUACUGUACGUAAUAAGUACAGUCAUAAGAUAUUUUUUGAAGUAGCAAAGCUGCCAUUAAAAGAUACUUUAGAUAUAUAAAUAAUUUAAAUAAGGAAAUAUAGUUGACAGUAUGCAAGAUUGCCUAAUCAUUGAUAGGUAAUCUGUAAUAAAAUUUGUGAAGAAUUAAAAUGAUCACUGAGCGUUAAUUUAUAAAUCAAGAUAACUGUUAAUUUAUGUCAUAAUGAAAUCAUAAUAAGUAAAUCUUUAAAUUAUCUAUUAUCUAUGCACCACAAAAAAUCAAACGACUGUGAAGCUCAGUUUGAAUUUAAUAUAUCCAAAAGGACCGAAAAAUAUUAUAAUUUUUUUUCUCUUUUUCUUUUUUCUUUUUUUUUCUUUUUUUAAUUAUUUAUACAACAUUAGUAAUCUCUAUCUACAACAGUAUUUGUAAGUUAAUUUUUUUUUUUUUUUUUUUUUUUUGUUGAAAAAUUUAUUUUAGCGUCUCAUUUUUAUAUUCUAUAAAAAUUCUCAUAAAAAAAAUUAAUAUCGUCAAAAUAGUUUUAUGCAUGUAAAGAUUAAAAAUGAAUCUUUUACUCAUAAUUUUUUACUUAUAUAUAAUGCUAUUAUAUGAUGCCUUUGAUUCAAUGAAUACGUACAUACAAAUAUCAAUAAAUGAAAUUAAUGAAUUAUGCGGCGCUCAUAUUUUAAUGAGUCGUAUAGGUUGUGGCGUAUUGUUAUGCAUUGUUAUUGCAUUUUAUAGACUGAUAAAUUGUAUGCUCCUAAGAAUAGUUACAUACCGAUAAAUAUAAUACGUUUUUGCUCAUUACACAGUAUAAAAUUAAUAAUAUUAAAAAAAAAUUUCUUUCUUAUAAAAAUUAAACAAAUUUAAAUAUUUUGUAUCAACAAAUUGCAUGA